CAUAGACCGCUACAGUGCUCCAAUAAACAGUUAGUGUGCAACAGUAAUGUGAUUGAUGGACAUCUGGUUCGUUGCCGUGAAGACUUGGUUUGUAGUCGUCGUCGCAUCGAUCACGAAUUCACCAACCAUUAUUUCUCUAUAGUUGCUAGCAAGCAGCAACGCAUAACUGCCUCUGUCAAAUCAUUUUUCUCGGUGUCACCAAUGGCUUCGACAGAGCUACUGCUUCUCAUGGCCAUGGCGAUCCACGGCGGCAGUACUGCGUGGUGCUUCGCGUCGGAUACCAUCUCCGCCAGCUCCCCCAUCUCCGGUGACCGGACCGUCGUGUCGAGAGGCGGCAAAUUCGAGCUGGGCUUCUUCAGUCCCGCUGGCGGCGGCGGCAGCAACUACUACGUGGGGAUCUGGUACAAGAAGGUCGUGUCGCAGCGCACGCCCGUGUGGGUCGCCAACAGGGCCGCGCCGGUCGCCGACCCGGCGUCCUCUCGGCUCGCCGUGGCGGCGGACGGCAACCUCGUGCUCACCAACGAAGCCGGCAAGCUCGUCUGGUCCUCAAACAUCAGCUCCGCCAGCAGCUCGAACGGCGCCGCCGCCGUGGCUGUGAUAUUGGACACCGGGAACCUCGAGCUCCGGCGCGAGAGCGGCGAGGUUCUGUGGCAGAGCGUGGAGCACCCAACUGACACGUGGCUCCCUGGAGUCCGCCUUGGCAUGAACAAGAUCACCGGCGAAGUGCAGGGGCUGGUUUCUUGGAAGAACGCCGGCGACCCGGCUCCCGGCAUGUUCACCUUGGGGAUCGACCCCAACGGGAGCAGCCAGUACUCCACAAAAUGGAACAGGACCGUGACUUUCUGGAGCAGCGGCGAGUGGAAAGACGGCGUGUUCGCCGGGAUCCCGGAGAUGAUAUCGCACGACAAGUACGACUUCGAGUUCGUGUCCGGCAAGAACGCCAGCUACUUCACCUACUCCCUGCAGGACCCCACGGUGAUCUCCAGGCUAGUCCUGGACGUCUCCGGUCAGGUGAGGCAGAUCAUGUGGUCGCCGUCCGCCGACGAGUGGAUGAUCAUCUGGACGGAGCCGCACCGACUGUGCGACGUCUACGCCGUCUGCGGCCCGUUCGGCGUCUGCAACGGGAAGAGCGAGCCCUACUGCAGCUGCCCCGCCGGCUUCCGUCCCUCCUCCGCGGGGGACUGGGAGCUAGGGGAUCACUCCCAUGGCUGCCGCCGGAACAAUCCCCCUCGGUGUGACGACGGUGGCGUGAACAGCAGCAGCUUGGUGCACGGCGACGGCGACGGCGACGGCGACGCCUUCUUGCCGGCGCCAGGCGUUUCUCUACCGAGAAACUCAUCGUCUGCGCAGGCAUCAAGCGCUCGAGACUGCGAGUUGGCUUGCUUGAGGAGCUGCAACUGCACCGCGUACUCUUACGGCAGUCAGUGCUCUGUGUGGUACGGCGGCUUGCUCAACUUGGAGGACACGGGCGGCAUGGAUGAUGACCUUUACCUCCGGGUGUCCGCCAUGGACGUGCCCUCCUCGAGAGGCCGUAAGAGAACGGCCGUCUUCGUUGCCAUUGCCGCGGUUGCGUCGAUCCUAGCCUUGUCUAUCAUCGUGUUCGGGGUUGUUAGUGUUGGAACUCUGAUGGUGUCCAGAUAUCUAACAAUUAGAAUGUAUAGGAAACGGCAGAGGAGCAGAACAUUCCUGCAGGCAGCAUCAGAAGGCGGCAACCUUGUGGCGUUCAAGUACGGCGACGUGAGGAGGGCGACCAGGAACUUCUCGGAGAAGCUCGGUGGCGGCGGCUUCGGAUCGGUGUACAAGGGGACGCUGCCCGGAGGCCGGGUGGCCGUCGCGGUGAAGAAGCUCGAGUGCCGCCUCUGCGUGGGGGAGAAGCAGUUCCGGAACGAGGUGCGCACCAUCGGCGUGAUCCAGCACGUCAACCUCGUCCGCCUCCGCGGCUUCUCCUCCCGCGGCAGCGAGCGGCUGCUCGUCUACGACCACAUGCCCAACGGCUCGCUGGACAAGGCGCUCUUCGGGGGCGCGGCGGCGCCGGCAUUGAGCUGGCGUGCGAGGUUCCAGAUCGCGCUCGGCGCGGCGCGGGGCCUGCUCUACCUCCACGAGGGGUGCCGGGACUGCAUCAUCCACUGCGACAUCAAGCCGGAGAACAUCCUGCUCGACAAGGAUCUCGUGCCCAAGGUUGCCGACUUCGGCCUCGCGAAGCUGCUGGCGAGGGACUUCAGCAGGGUUCUCACCACGGUGCGGGGCACCAUCGGGUACCUCGCGCCGGAGUGGAUCUCCGGCGUGCCGAUCACCGCCAAGGCCGACGUGUACAGCUACGGGAUGGUGCUGCUGGAGAUCGUCUCCGGCCGCCGGAACGCCCGGUGCUGGCCGGCCACGGAACAGGACCCGUCGCUGUCGGGGUACUUCCCGCUGGUGGCCGCGAGGAAGGUCAGCCAAGGGGAGGCGCUCGACGGGCUGCUGGACGAGCGGCUGCACGGCGACGCGGACCCGCAGGAGCAGGAACGCGCGUGCAGGGUGGCCUGCUGGUGCGUGCAAGACGACGAGGCGCGCCGGCCGACAAUGGAGCAGGUGGUGCAGGCGCUGGAGGGGGUCGUCGCCGUGGACGUGCCGCCGGUUCCGACGUCGUUGCAGGCCUUGGCCCAAGAUUCCGGCUUUCUGAUGAGUGCGCGUACCAGGGCAUACCUUUGAUGACUUAUCGCGAUCACAUCUACAGGACAGUUCUUAGUUUGGCGCUAGCUAGCCCU